GUAGGGACCCUAAGGGUCAUUAUUUACACGUCGAGCAGAAGACACUGGCGCCGGCGCCAAAGCGCCAAAGACAACAGUGCUGCACCUGUGACCCAUCCCGUCAUCAUUUUAAUGACUUGAUUUUAUACUUGACUAAUAAGCUGUGACGGGAUCAAAGGAAAUAUUUUUCAGUCCUACAGCUUACCACGAGAUGGCAGAAAUGAUUGAUGAUUCAUUGAUGGUUACAAUGAAUGGCGAUUUGUGCCCUGGGGAAAUGAAGGAGGAGGAUUCACCUCAGCAUGAAGUAAAAGAGGAUUCCCAGUCUUCGCUCAUCCAGUUGAUGUCUGCUGUGUCCAUUGGUAAAACUAGCGAAACAAAUGUAAUGUCCAUUAUUGACUGGGAAGAAUACUUUAUGUCUAUAGCAUAUUUGGUGGCCAAUCGCAGUAAGGACCCAAGCACGCAGGUUGGGGCCUGCAUUGUAAACCAGAGAAAAAGAAUUGUCGGACAGGGGUAUAACGGUAUGCCCAGAGGAUGUAGCGAUGACGAAUUCCCCUGGAAAAAAGUUGGACCUGAUUUGGAAACCAAGUAUUUCUAUGUCUGUCAUGCGGAAAUGAAUGCUAUUUUCAACAAAAAUUGUGAUGAUAUCAGUAAUUGCACCAUAUAUACAAUCUUGUUUCCCUGCAAUCAAUGUACAAAAACAAUUAUUCAAUCUGGCAUAUCAGAGGUGGUCUACAUGUGUGAUAAAAACAAAGACAAAGUUGAGGCCAUUGCUUCCAUGAAGAUGCUAGAUGCGUGCAAUGUUCGAUAUAGGCAGUUGCGUCCAAGCUGGGCAGGCUUAAAUAUUGACUUCAAGCAGGGAUUGUGUGAGAUCGUGAAAAUAGGCCAAUCAAAAAGUAUUCCGCAGCCAACCACUCAGCAAAUUGACAAUACCAAAAAAAGACAAAAUUGUCUUCCAUGGGAUGCAUAUUUUCUUGCUAUUAGUAUACUGGUAGCAAAGCGGAGCAAAUGCCCAGAAGAACAAUUGGGAGCAUGCAUUGUCAAUGAGGAAAAGCGCAUUGUAGGCCAAGGCUACAAUGGUAUGCCGCAGAAUAGCCGAAAUGUUUUUCCGUGGAGAACAGAUUCAAAAAAUAUUCUUGAGAAUAAGAUACUCUAUGAGUGCCAUGCUGAGCUGAAUGCAAUCCUUAAUGCAAAUCUGCAAGUAAAGGGAUGUAAACUGUACACAAUUACUUUCCCUUGUAAUGAGUGCGCAAAGGCCAUUAUUCAAAGUGGAAUCAAAGAGGUGAUCCACCUGAAGAAAGCCGAAGACAAAGAUACAUAUGUGGCUGCGCAAAUUAUGUUUAAUGCUGCAAAAGUUACAUUUAGGCAGCACACCCCAAAGGAUGAAAUGCUGUAUGUGGACUUUUCUCAAAUAGAGUUGUAGCUGCAUGUUUGUUCAAAAUGUAAAUUUUACUAGGACUAUCAGUUCUAUUUUUUAUUUUUUCUCGCUGCAAAAGGCUAGAUCUUUAACUUGCAGUCUUGGACUUUUGUGGUAAGAGCCUGCAAUUUCAUUCAUGGUGAGUUGAACUUCACAGACAAUGCUAAGAUUAUUACUGAAAAUUAUCUGUAUUUGAUAUGUGCUUUGCUUGUCUGGUUGGGAGGAAGGUUUUAUUUUGAUGACUUUGUUGUGAUCCUUGGUUGAAGUAAAAGAAUAAAUGAAAACACAUUUUAGAAAGUGGUAAA